GAGAAGUAACUGGGCAUUGAUCUGAGAAGUAAUUGCCAUUCAAAUGUUGAAGAAAGAAGUAUAUUAAAACUAAUGUUUCUUUUCUUCACGUUGAAAGUCAGUCAAGUCAGCAGUGCAAUGAAAGUCAGCAGCCAGACAACGCAAGUGUUGCUUCAUGAAUCAGUCUGCCAACUUUGUUUUCCUACUGGCACAGACAGAAAAGGUCACGUGGCUGCUCCUGUGAGGCGAUGGAAGUCAUCAAAUACAACGAUUUUUCCAAUGCCCGCCUCCUCAACUCCCGCCGCCAGUGGUGUGAUAGGAGGAGUAAUCUUAUCACUCUUUCCUCGCUUGUCGGCUGUUGGCGGUGGCGCGAACACGGCCUGUGCCUCUGGUGGCAUCACUGCCGGCGUUGGCAAGCAAGGAGGAGACACAGACGAGAGAGAGCAGCACGCGCCCCGCAUCCCGCUAUGGCGUCCAGCCAAACUGACUCAUCAGAGGAAUUGUUUAGGAAAUGUAUGACACACCGGCCAACACAGAAACUUGUUGUAGCCGUGCAAGAUGGAGGGAAGGCAAGGGUGAGGUCGGCCAUCGCCAGGGGUGCCAACCCUAAGGUCACCAUCCCCACUGAUGCAGGGGUGUCGGUGUGUCUGGUGACUGUGGCUGCCAGCAAGGGCCACCACCAUCUGCUGCGUUGCUUACUGCAGGCGGGGCUCAGCAUGGAGGGUGGAGGCACCACCGACAGGACACCGCUGAUGGAGGCUGCCGAGAAGGGCCACACCCAGACAGUGAAGGCACUGCUGACCCUCGGUGCGAACCCUCUGGCGACGGAUAGUAAAGAAUGGACAGCCCUCCAUCAUGCUGCAGUGUGGGGCCAGCAGCAGAGCGUGGCGGCCCUCACGCCUGUCACCCCUCCCACCCCCGCACACCUCGAGGCACUCACCCCGGUGCACGCCGCCAGUUACCGUGGCCAUGUGGAGGUACUGGAGCAGCUGGCGGGUGCUGGCUGGCCCCUCACCGCUAGGGACAGUGAUGGCGACACACCCCUGCACCAUGCUGCGGUGGGCGACAGUGUGACAUGUCAGGAAUGGCUGGAGCAGCGAGGUGGUGACCCGCGCGUGCAAAACAAGGCAGGACACACACCCAUGGACAAGGUAGGCAGUGGGGAGGGGCAUGAGGGUGAGGGGAGCGGGAGGGCAGGUAGGGAGGCAGCAACACUACUGCACCACCACCACCACCACCACCACCACACCACCCUCACAAGGCGUUUUACGAAAGCGCGGAUUGGCAUAUCAAAAGCGCGGAAAACGUUGCUGAUAUAUUGCUAUCAAAAGCGCGUCAGAAUAUCAAGUCAAAAGCGCGUUUUAUCACUUACCUCUAAGUCAGAUUGUUUAUACGUUCAAUAACGAUCGUUCACCUGUUGUAGGAAAAAUUGUAUAUUUGUUAAUUAAGUAUAGGAUUGACCUUUUAAGUAUAUUCUUCUUGCACCUUAGUACAGGCUUGUCCUUGCAGUCCUUUAUAAAAC